CGAUAAACCUCAUCUCCUCCUCGCAAGAGACCAAAGACGGCUCUGCGAGGCGCCCACCCAAGAAUGGGCGUGCUCUCGGUUCAUCCUCGUCCUUGUCCGCCCAAUCCCCACUUCUCUGGCUUCGAUUUCACCCCCAGCUCUUGCAGACCGCGUCUGGCCCUCUUCUCUCCUAGUCCGCGAAGAAGCCCUCUCCAGAUUCGGCGCUUUUCGUCUCCCGAAGCGACGGACGACGGAUUCGUGGUCGUGGAGGACGAUCUCCACACUCUUCUUGAGGUUUUACCUAGAGAUCUGCGAGAGAAUCUGCAAAGUGAGCCUAGAAGAGACCAACUCCUAGAGGUUAUACUGGAUUUGGGUCGCCGACCUGAAGCACGUUUCCUUGGUGAAUCUGGUGGGCAGUAUCUGAGGGACAAAGAGAUUUCACUGGAAGAGUUGGAGGAAGCUCAAAAAUCACUUGGAGAAUUUGGAGGAGACAACCGAGCUGGCAUUGAAGGUACUUUGCAUAGGAUAUCUGCGAUAAGGAGUCGGAAAGGGCUCGUUGUUGGAUUGACUUGUAGAGUUGGUCGAGCAGUUAGUGGUCAUGUUGACAUGGUGCGUGAUCUCCUAGAGUACAGAGAGAGCAUCCUCUUUUUAGGAAGACCUGGAGUUGGUAAGACUACUGUCAUGCGUGAGAUUGCACGUGUCCUAGCUGAUGAACUCCAUAAGAGAGUGGUGAUUGUGGACACCAGCAAUGAGAUUGGAGGUGAUGGAGAUAUUCCUCAUGCAGCAAUAGGUGGUGCAAGGAGAAUGCAAGUUCCUGAACCAUCCAUGCAACACCGAGUCAUGAUUGAAGCAGUCGAGAAUCACAUGCCGGAGGUGGUUAUUGUAGAUGAGAUUGGCACAGAAGCUGAAGCACUUGCUUGUCGCUCAAUUGCAGAAAGAGGAGUGAUGCUUAUUGGCACAGCUCACGGAGACCGAUUGGCAAACAUCAUUAAGAAUCCUACUCUAUCUGAUCUGGUUGGUGGAGUGGAGACUGUCACUCUAGGAGAUGACGAGGCACGAGCAAGACGGAGUCAAAAAAGCAUCCUUGAGAGGAAGGCUCCACCAACAUUUCCUUUCCUAAUAGAAAUGAGGGAACGGAACUACUGGGUUACACAUCGGACAGAAAGGAGUGUCGAUAUGUUGCUCAUUGGCAAGAAGCCAUUGGUUGAGAUAAGGAAGAGAGAUGACCAGUUCAAGGUUGUCGUGGAGAGAUGGAAAACAUACGACGGAGAUGGGAUAUAAUGUGCUUUUGUGCUUCUCGAGUAUUCCCUUGCUUUGUUCUGCAUGUCUAAUUUGUAAUUUAGUUUUGGGUUUGUCUUUUGAGUUACACUAACUGCAAUUGUUUUACAACAUACCGAUUAGCAAUGGCCUUGGAAUAAUGACUUGUCUCUCUUUUUCU